AGUACUGCCCUCCACUCCAGUCACAGCUCAUCAGCUCAGCUCAUUGCCCCAGACCCGCCCGCCGCUGCUCGCGCUCCCGGCGGUGGCGCCCGGCGACCGGCGAGCUCCCCCGGCCACGAGUCCCGUGGAGUGGAGCGCUGAACCCGGCAAGGCGCCUGCAUUCCGCUCGGCGGUUUCCUUUGUCUUCUGCGCGUGAUCUGGUUGCUCUAGUCAGUGAUGGCAGGCGACAUUACAUGCGGAUCCUUGCUGCAAAAAUUGCAGUUGAUAUGGGAUGAGGUUGGUGAGAGUGAGGAGGACCGCGAUAAGGUCCUGUAUCAGCUGGAUCAGGAGUGCCUGGAUGUUUACAAGAGGAAAGUUGACCAAGCCACUAACUCUAGGGAUCUCCUCAUCCAGGCGCUGGAUGAUUCAAAGAUAGAGCUUGCUAGACUUCUUUCUGCCCUUGGAGAAAAAGCUAUUGCAAGAACACCUGAGAAGACAACAGGAACAAUCAAGCAGCAGCUAGCUGCUAUAGCGCCAACACUUGAGCAGUUGACUAAACAGAAAAAUGAAAGAAAAAGAGAGUUUGUUAAUGUACAAUCACAAAUUGAUCAAAUAUGUGGUGAAAUCGCUGGCACCAUAGAGGUCGGUGAGCAGGUGGCAACACCCCAAGUCAAUGAGGAUGACUUGACACUUGAAAGGCUUGAAGAUUUUCGGUCUCAGCUCCAGGAGCUUGAGAAAGAGAAGAGCAAUAGGUUGGAGAAGGUUCUUGAGUAUGUAAGCAUGGUACACAAUCUUUGUACUGUCUUGGGGAUGGAUUUUCUCAGCACAGUGACUGAAGUUCAUCCCAGUUUAGAUGACUCCAUUCCCGAUGACUCUAAGAGCAUUAGUAAUGAUACGUUGUCAAAACUUGACAAGACGGUAGCCACACUUAACGAAGAUAAGAAGUUGCGUCUAAGCAAGCUUCAAGAGCUCGCCGGUCAGCUCUAUGAUCUUUGGGAUCUCAUGGAUGCCCCCAAGGAAGAAAGGCGCAUGUUUGACCAUGUCACCUGCAACAGAUCAGCAUCUGUGGAUGAAGUCACUGCACCUAGAUCUCUUGCCCUAGACUUAAUUGAACAGGCUGAGGUUGAGGUUCAAAGGCUGGACCAGCUAAAAUACAGCAAGAUGAAAGAGAUAGCUUUCAAGAAGCAAACUGAGCUGGAAGAUAUAUAUGCUGGUGCUCAUAUAGUAAUAGACACAGCUGCUGCCCAUGAGAAGAUACUGGCACUGAUUGAGGCAGGAAACAUAGAACCAUCAGAACUAAUUGCGGAUAUGGAUAGCCAGAUAGCAAAAGCAAAGGAAGAAGCAUUGAGUAGAAAAGACAUACUCGAUAAAGUUGAAAGAUGGAUGUCUGCAUGUGAAGAAGAGAGCUGGCUAGAAGAUUAUAACCGGGAUGAUAACAGGUAUAACUCAAGCCGAGGUGCCCACCUAAAUCUGAAGCGUGCAGAAAAAGCUCGUAUUCUUGUUAACAAGAUCCCAGCGCUUGUUGAAACUCUGGUGGCGAAGACCAGGGCAUGGGAAGAGAAUCGCGGUCUGUCCUUUAUGUAUGAUGGUGUACCUCUUCUAGCUAUGUUGGAUGAGUAUGUUAUGCUCAGACAGGAAAGGGAAGAAGAGAAGAAAAGAAUGCGGGAACAAAAGCGCUACAUUGAGCAGCAACUCAACACUGAUCAUGAAGGGCCAUUCGGCUCACGAGUGAGCCCGAACCGACCUGCCAGUUCGAAGAAGGCCAUUGGUCCAAAGUUGAACGGCAGCGUCUCAAAUGGCACUCCUCCAAACAGAAGGCUAUCAAUCAGUGGUCAACAGAACGGCCACGGCGUCAGGUCUGGAGGGAAGGAUAGCAAGAAAGACACUGUGAAGACAGCAUCUCCAGGGAACAACAAUGCAGCUGCAGCUGCCCCUGCUUCUGUGCCUGCGGCAGCCAAGGAAGACGCCGCCUCCCACAUUUCUGGGACCGAUCCGGUCCCGAGCACACCGUGAUCUUUAACCUAGCGUCGUAUAUUAGAUAUAAGGGACUCUUUUUCUGAUGUUUUUCCAUUGUUUUGUGGUAAUAUAUUGUAAUGCCUUCGUAGAGAAGAGUAAUUAUGACGUCACUCUUUCA